ACUUACUAUUUCAGUGAUAACUUGAAUAUCUUUUCAAGCUGUUUCUUUCCGUGUUCGUUUGCAUUUUGUUCUUCCGGUGGUAACACACUGUAGGUGUUUUAUGGUGGGGUGGGUUAAAGUUUAAUGAUUUAGUGAUAGUUACAGUACAUAUUGAGAACCGCAGCAAGCCUAUUACCUAUAAACUGCUGCAGAUAUAGGCAAACACACAGUGAGCAGCCUGAGGGCCUGAGAGAACUCAAGGCAUUAAAUAAAUAUAUUGCUCCUGCACAAUAAAAAUGGCAAAGAAGACAAUCAUUGUGGCACUGGCGAUGCUUCUGUUGGCAUCUGUCGCCACCUUCGUGGGUGUCUUCUUUGGUGUCGAGAGAAGGAAGCAACCGAGUGACCCGGGGUACUUGAAGGCAGCUGUGGCAGCAGAUGCUGGGCCGUGUUCAGAGGUCGGCAGAGACAUACUAAUAAAAGGGGGGUCUGCAGUAGAUGCCUCUAUAGCUGCUUUACUGUGUGUUGGACUUAUGAACGCUCACAGUAUGGGUAUCGGAGGAGGACUUUUCUUCACCAUCUACAACGCCAAAACUGGGAUCGUUGAGACCAUUGAUGCCAGGGAGAUGGCACCUCGCAAUGCAACAGAGAACAUGUUUGGGAACAGUACAGAUUUAUCCCAGAAAGGGGGGUUGUCUGUUGCUGUACCGGGGGAGAUUCGAGGUUAUGAGUUGGCACACAAACGACAUGGAAAACUGCCUUGGAAAGACUUGUUCCAGCCGAGCAUUGAUCUUGCAGAAAAAGGUUUUCCUUUGGGCAGGGCACUUGCCUCUGCUAUUUCCAGUAACAAGAAAACAAUAAUCAAGGACGAAGCCCUAUGUGAAGUGUUUUGUGGGAAAAAUGGCACCAUCCUAAAAGAAAAUGACACCAUCAUAUUCACGAGGCUUGCAGAAACCUAUAGAAAAAUAGCAGAAGAGGGUGCUAAUGCUUUCUAUCAGGGACCACUGGCUCAGAACCUUGUGACAGAUAUUCAGGCAGCAGGCGGUAUCAUCACAAUGGAGGAUCUGAAGGAUUAUGUGCCUGUCUUGGAUGAUAACCCUUUAAGGGUGAAUGUGGGGGAGUACACCAUGGCUGUUCCCAAUGCCCCAGCUAGCGGCCCUGUGCUCUCGCUGAUAUUAAACAUCUUGAAUGGGUACAACUUCAACUCAGAUAGUAUGGCAAGCACUGAGAAAAAGAUCCUAACCUACCAUCGCAUUGUGGAGGCUUUCCGUUUUGCUUAUGCAAAGAGGACCUUACUUGGAGAUCCGAAAUUUCUCAACAUCACAGAUUUGAUCCAGAAUAUGACUUCAAGUUUAUAUGCUGAUGAACUCCGUAAAAAGAUCACAGAUGAAUCCACACAUCACAUGAACUACUACGAGCCAGAAUUUUACCUUCCUGAAAACCACGGGACCGCACACCUCUCUGUAGUAGCAGAAGAUGGAAGCGCUGUGGCUGCCACCAGCACCAUCAAUCGCUUUUUUGGCUCCAAAGUCAUGUCAAGAUCAACAGGGAUACUUCUCAACAAUGAGAUGGAUGACUUCAGCUCUCCACUCAUCACAAACAGUUUUGGAGUGCCUCCUUCACCCAACAACUUCAUCAGGCCAGGAAAAAGGCCAAUGUCUUCCAUGUGUCCAACCAUCCUCUUUGACAAAAACAACAAAGUUAAGAUGGUGGUCGGAGGCUCAGGAGGAACGAAAAUCACCACUUCUGUCGCUCAGGUAAUUCUGAAUGCACUGUUCUUUGACUACGAUCUGAAGAAAGCUGUGUCAGAUCCGAGGUUCCACAACCAGCUGAGUCCCAACACCACUGUAGCAGAGCCUGACUUUGACAAAGACGUCCUGGAUGGUUUGGCAUUAAAGAACCAUGAGACAGAGUUCCUCAAAUCAACAGGAGCUGUGGUGCAGGCAGUGGUUCGCUAUGAUGACGGACUCCAUGCUCAGUCAGAUCCUCGCAAGUGGGCGUAUGCCGCAGGGUACUGAGGUCAUAAACACACCUCUGAUUAUGCCGAGAAACUGUAACCGUGUGAACCUUGACACCAGUAGUACGAGCUGGGAGAUUAGAGACUUGAUAAAGAUCCAGGAACCAUUAUCCGCAUCAAUUCUUCUCUCAUUACAAUUAAAUUCAGUUCAAUUCAAUUUUAUUUAUAGUAUCAAAUCAUAACAAGAGUUAUCUCAGGACACUUUACAGAUAGAGUAGGUCUAGACCACACGCUAUAAUUUACAAAGACCCAAGAGCAAACAUUUAGUGUGACAGUGGCGAGGAAAAACUCCCUUUUAGGAAGAAACCUUGGGUGGUGAGAAAAACUUCCUUUUACACACAACACAACUCAGAUAACAGAACAUUUCUGCUUGCUCUGACUGUGAAGACAAAGUGCCUCAGUAUGAAAUGAAUUAUGAAUAUUGACUUUCAUGCCCAAUGCAUUUACAUGUCACAUCAUCAUUUCAUGCUAUUAAAAAACGCACAAGACAUUUGGAUGUUAUUUUAAAUAUAGCUUUACCACCAUCAGUGUUUUGUUCACCCUGUAAAUGUGUACAAUUCUACUACUGUACCUAUUUAUGAAGCACUUUUGUAAAUCAUUCACAGUGUAAAGCUGUUUCCUGUUGUUGUCGUCCAUUAAAGAUAUGAAAUGUGAAUUCUACAGUAAUUAUUAACGUCAAAGAAAUCAACCAAAGAGACCUCGAAUAUAUUUCUUUUUUUGUAUUUUAAAACUUUAUAAUAUUUCACCAGGACUGUUCAUUUGAGGUGUCAGCAAACAGAGGGAGAGCAGGCAUAAGCUGUUGUUAAAAUA